AUGAGGAGAAUCAUACUGGCACUGGUGUUCACUUUUGUGGGGAGUCAGAAAUAUGACAUUGAACCUGGUUUUAGUAACAGCAAGACCUACUUGUACAGCUAUGAAGGCCUCAUUCUGCAUGGUCUGCAAGACAGAGGAUUGGCAAGAGCUGGGCUGAGGCUGACAUGCAAAGUAGAGAUCAGUGGAUUGUCACACAACUAUCACAUGCUGAAGAUCCUAUCUCCACAGCUGGACGAAUACAAUGGAAUCUGGCCCAGAGAUCCAUUCACUCGAUCUUCCAAACUCAUCCAGACAAUUUCAUCAUGCCUCACCCAACUCUUUAAGUUUGAAUACAACAGAGGGCAGAUUGGGAACAUUUAUGCCCCCAAAGAUACUCCUGUCACAUGUGUUAACCUAAUGAGAGGGAUUCUGAACAUGUUGCAGAUAACUCUCAAAAAGUCACAGAAUGCAUAUGACUUGCAAGAGGCCGGGAUUGGAGGUGUCUGCCAUACAAGGUACAUUAUCCAGGAAGACAAGAAGAGUAACCGAAUCACAGUAUUCAAAACCAAAGACCUCAACAACUGCCAGGAUAAAGUGCUGAAGAACAUUGGAAUGGCUUACAUCCGCCCUUGUGCUACUUGCCCACUGAAAGAAAAGAUCAUAAAAGGAACAGCUGCAUUCACCUACAAAAUGAAAUACACAGAUGCUGGCACCCUGAUCACACAAGCUGUGUCCCAGCAGGUCUAUCAGAUCUCCCCUUUCAGUGAACCUGCUGGUGUUGCUGUCAUGGAAGCAAGGCAAGAACUCACUUUGAGUGAUAUUAAAAACAGCCAAGCAAGCCCAUCAGAAAUUCAGUUGCAAAACUACGGAAGUCUUCGUUACGAUUUUGCAAGAGAACUACUCCAGAUGCCAAUUCAUCUAAUAAAGAUGAAAAAUCCUAAAUCACAGAUAGUAGAAAUACUGCAACAAUUAAUUCAGCAUAAUCAACAAGGGUACAAUAGAGAAGCUCCAGCCAAAUUCUUAGAACUUAUACAGCUUUGCCGUGUGGCAACGCCUGAAAACCUUGAGUCUCUUUGGAAACAAUGUGCCGAUAAACCUCAAUAUAGGCGCUGGUUAUUGAGCGCAAUCUGUGCAGCAGGAACUACUGAGACAUUCAUGUUCCUUAAGCAAAAAAUUCAUAAUGAGGACCUCAGCUAUUUGGAAUCAGCUCUGACUAUCGCUCUCGCCUUCCAUUUAUCCAAAGCUGAUGAUCACACUUUACAAGCUGUAGCAGAUCUAGUGACCAGCUUCCGAAUUCAGAGAGCUCCUAUGCUUCGCAAGCUUGCUUUCCUGGCAUAUGGUUCCAUGAUAAACAGAUAUUGUUCUGUGUCAUCAUCUUGUCCUAAUAAAAUUCUUCAGCCUCUCCACGACCUUGCAGCCGAGGCAAUCAGCAAGAACCAUGAAGAUGACAUGGCCUUGGCUCUGAAAGCCAUUGGCAAUGCAGGAGAACCAGCCAGUAUCAAGCGCAUCCUGAAGUUCUUGCCAAUAUUUUCACCUGCCGCAAUGGCUUUUCCAGUUAGAAUUUAUAUUGAUGCUGUUUUGGCCUUGAGAAAAAUAGCCAGGAAAGACCCUGCAAAAGUACGGGAAAUUCUUCUCCAGAUCUUUGUGGACCAUUCACUUGCUCCUACUGUCCGAAUGAUGGCUUGUGUUGUCAUCUUUGAAACUAAGCCUGCUCUUCCUCUCGUAACAACUAUGGCCAAUGCUCUGCUAACGGAGAGCAGUUUGCAGGUCGCCAGUUUCACAUAUUCCCAUAUGAAGGUUUUGGCAAUAAGCAGGAUCCCACAGCUCUAUAAUGUAUCUGCUGCUUGCAACAUUGCCCUUAAACUACUGAGCCCAAGACUUGACAGGCUGAGCUAUCGGUACAGCAAGGUUAUUCACGUUGGUGGUUAUUACCCGGAAUAUAGAGCUGGCGCAAUUGGAAGAGUCUAUCUCAUGAACAGUCCAAGCAGUAUGUUGCCAUCUGCGAUAAUUAUGAAACUGAGAGGUUACUAUGCAAAUACCGCAACUGAUUUUGUCGAGGUGGCUCUCCAAUCACAAGGCCUAACAGAGCUCGUCAGGAAACAGAACAUCCCCUUUGCUGAAUAUGACACAUACAAAAAAUUGAAGGUGCUUGGGAAGACGCUUCUGGGAUGGAAGGAACUGCCUCCUGAAAACCCACUCAUAUCAGCCUAUGUAAAAGUAUUUGGCCAUGAGCUCGCCUUUGCUGAUGUCAACAAGGAGCUCAUUCAACAGACAGUGAAGGCUCUGACUGAAUCAUCAGAUAGGCACAUGUUAGUGAAGAACGUGAUCAAUCAAAUCCAAAGAGGCAUUGCAGGACAAUGGACACUGGCAAUAUUGGCAGGAGAAGUUCGGCACAUUGUCCCUACCUGUGUUGGCCUGCCACUAGAACUCAGUUUAUAUAGUACUGGUCUGAUACAUGCUGCAGCCAACGUUGGUGUAAAUAUGUCCCCCUCUUUAUCUGGCAGUUUUAAACCUUUGCAGUUCUUUGAUGCCAAUGUGCAACUUCAUGCUGAUAUCAACCCAAGCAUAUACACGCAUACAGUGGCAAUGAUGGGAAUCAAUACACAGUACUUUCAGAGUGGUCUUGAAUUUCAUGCCAAGUUCCAUGCCAACAUCCCAAUGAAAUUUUAUGCCAAAAUAAACAUGAAAGAUAAAAGUUUGAAGUUUGAAACAACUCCGUGCCACCAGGAAACUGAGCUAGUGACUGCAAGGACUAAAGUUUAUGCUAUUUCAAGAAAUGUGGAAGAGAUAACUUCAGCAAAGAGAUCUUCAGUUCUACCAGAAGAAGCUGUAUCGGAUGUCUCUGAGCAACGUUUUAAAUCACCAGAAAGGACUUCAAUAAAUGGUGCCAUGACGCAAAGAACAGCUUCUGACGGGAUGUCCGAGAAAUAUUCCUAUGGCCCAGAAGAGGAAUUUCACCACAGAGCUGGAGGAAGAUCUUAUGCACGAGUCUUUUGUAGCAAAUUACAUAGUUUGGGUUGCCAAACCUGCCUUAAUCUGCAAUUACGAGAUGCUGCUUUCUUAAAAGAUACAUUUCUAUACAGAUUGGUUGGAGAGCAUGAAAUCAAAUUAGUUUUGAAACCAGUCCGUACAGAUGCUGCUAUUGACAAAAUACAGCUGGAGAUUCAGGCAGGAUCCAGAGCAGCUUUCAGAAUAAUCCAGCUGGUAACCCCAGUGUCAGAGGAAGAUGAUGAUUCAACUCCAGAUGACGUGGUUCAAACAAAACUGAAGAAGAUCCUAGGAAUUGAAAGUAUAUUUAAGGCUGCAAACAGAAGUGCACAUCAGCAUCUUAAGAAGCAGGCCGCCAAGAAAGAUAAAGCCAAAAUUGCAGAAAUUAGCACAGAUCCAGCUGCUAAGUAUCAAUCCAGCUCAUCCUCAUCAUCGUCCUCAUCAUCAUCUUCCUCCUCCUCCUCCUCUUCUGUUGGUGACAAAUACAGGAAUACAGACACGAAAGACAAAACAUGGCAAGCUAGACAAAGGGAAAGAAGCAGCAGCAGUAGUAGUCGUGGUGGCAGCAGCAGCAGCAGUAGCAGUGACAGUAGUAACAGCAGAAGCUGCAGUAGCAGUGAAGAGGAUCAUGCUGCAAACAAAGAACUGCAAGGGAAAAGUGACAAACCAGUGAGGAGCUGUAGCAGCAGCAGUGACAGCGAGUAUUCCAAACAGCAGGCUGAUCCAGAAAUUUAUCAGUAUCGGUUCACGUCAGCACACAGAGAACAGUAUCCAAGAAAGAAAGUCCCAAGCAGCAGCAGUAGCUCUUCUUCCUCCAGUUCUAGUUCUUCUGAGAGUAGUGAUGAAGGCAGCUACAGAGGAAGUGCUCAGCCUAAAUUCUUGGGAGACAUUAAACCUCCAAUACUGGCUGUUAUUCUUCGUGCCAUUCGAACUGACAGAAAGCUGGCAGGCUUCCAGCUUGUGUUGUACACAGACUUGCACUCCACCACACCCAGGAUACAAGUGUUUGUGUCAAACAUCUCAGAAUCAAGUAUAUGGAAACUCUGCGCUGAUGCUUCAAUAGUAAAUUCUUACAAAGCAGCGGGUUAUCUAAAAUGGGGCCAGGAUUGCCAGGACUACAGGAUUGCUGGAAAAGUUGUAACUGGCCAAUUUGCUGAUUACCCAGCCACACAGAUCAAGCUAGAGUGGCCUAAAGUUCCUUCAAGAAUCAAAAUAGCUGCAAGAUGGUUUUACACAUUUCUUCCGGGAGUUGCGUACAUGCUUGGAUUUUCCCAAAGGGAACAGAACAAUCCCUCUCAACAGGCUACUCUGGUUAUGGCUCUAACUUCUCCAAGAACCUGUGAUGUUGCUCUCAAGCUACCUGAUCUCACAAUUUAUGGCAGAGACAUUAGCCUUCCACUGCCACUCCCUUUAGAUCCAAGUAUAUCAACUUCAGUGCUGCAGUAUCCUGCUUGGAAUUUCUUCACUAAAAUACCAUCCUCAGUCAUUGACAGUCUUAAAGGUCAUUGUUCAGUCUCCCAAAAUAUGAUCACAACCUUCGAUGAAGUUGAAUUCAACUACUCAAUGCCUGCAAAUUGCUACCAUGUCUUGGCCCAAGAUUGUAGCCCAGAACUGAAAUUCCUGGUGAUGAUGAAGAAAGCUGAAGAGUCUGCUGACCUUAAAGCAAUCAAUAUCAAACUUGCCAGUCAUGAGAUUGACAUGUAUCCUUCAAAUGGACUCAUCCAGCUGAUGAUCAAUGGUGUUCAAACCCCAGCAGAGAUUCUUCCAUACACAUCUAAUUCUGAUGCAUACAUUCUGAUCAGCAGUGAGAAGGAAGGCUUGUCAGUAAAAGCCCCAGAAUAUGGCAUAGAUAAACUUUAUUAUGAUGGACAUACACUUAAGAUUCAAGUUGGUUUCUGGAUGGCUGGAAAAACAUGUGGUAUUUGUGGAAAAUAUGAUGGUGAGAGUAAACAGAAAUAUCAAAUGCCCAGUGGAUAUGUAGCUAAAGAUGCAGUGAGCUUUGCUCAUUCUUGGAUUCUCUCAGAAGAGCCCUGUGCUGGAGCUUGUAAACUGCAGCGCACACUCAUCAAAAUUGAGAAGCCAGUUGGUUUUGAAAAUGUGGCCUCAAAGUGCUAUUCAGUCGAGCCAGUUUUGCGCUGUGUGAAAGGAUGUUCAGCAACUAGAACUGCUCCUGUCUUUGUUGGCUUCCAUUGUGUGCCAGCUGACUCCACAGCCAGCUUUGAUGAAGAACAGAUUAGGUUAAACCAGAAGUCUGAGGAUUUGGAGAACACAGUUGAUGCUCAUACAAUGUGUUCCUGUGAACAACUACAGUGUGCAGCAUGACAUGACAUUUCAUAGGGUUAGAUAUCCCUAACAGUGUUUUUUUUUUUUUGAUGUAUGCAUACUCGUUCUCUGCAAUCAUGGACACACUACUUUGUUUCAGACAGCAAAGACAUUAACACUGAAUUAUUUUAUAAAAUGAUUUCUCAAUGUAAUAUUUUAAGAUUUUGAAAACAAUUCUGGAUACCCUUAAUAAAUAUUUGUACUUUAAAAACAGUUGUUCAGGUUUAUUUAUUGACUACACAAAAUUAUUUUGUCACAGAGAAAUAAAACACUUCAUUAUAUUAUUGCACUAUCCAGCAACCUUCAGCAGUCAUUAAGGCUACACUUUUAAAAGUUGCCUCCAAGGCAAUUUGAGGAUUGGGAGCCUCAAAGUUGCCCCCAAUCCUGCAACUGGCACUGUGCAGGCACCUACUCAUGCAGUGCCAAUCGCAGGACUGGGGCCUAUUCUGCGUGUCCCAGUUUUAGGAUAAUCAA